GUCCAAUGAGGAGCGCAGGUCUUUAGAGGGUCCCUGGGGACCACGCGGAUCUUUUUCAGGCGCCGCCACAUUUUGGAUUAGGGAUUGAGAUUGGAAGGACAGGGUGGCUCAGUCCAGGUCCCUCUGUAAACUCUGAGGGCUUCAAGACCCCUGGGGAGCACACUAGGACACCCCGGAACCUAGACAUGGAGUCCGUGACUUUUAAGGAUGUGGCUGUGAACUUCACUCUGGAGGAGUGGGCUCUGCUGGAUCCUUCCCAAAAGAGUCUCUACAGAGAUGUAAUGCAGGAAACCCUCAGGAACCUAGUUGCAAUAGGAGAAAAAUGUGAAUACCCAAAUAUUGAAGAUGGGUACAAAAACUCCAGAACUAUAAGAACUCAAGUUGUAGACAAACUCUGUGAAUAUAAAGAAGGUAGUCAAUGUGGAGAAACCUUCAACCAGACACCAGAGUGUGUUGUAAAGAAGAAAACUUCCAUUGGAGUAUCACCUUGUGAAAACUAUUUAUGUGGAGAGGCCCUCAUUAAUCGUUCUUCCCUAAAUGUGCCAUUCGGAGCUCACACUGUAUGCAAACCUAAUGAAAAUCAGGGAUGUGGAGAGAAGCCUUACAAACAUAGGCAAAAUGAGAAAGCCCGAGCCUUUCAGAAACUUGAAAAGACUGAAACUGGAGAGAAAUCUUAUGAAUGUAAGCAAGUUGUGAAUAGCUUUACUCAUUCCACUUCUCUUCAAAAACGUGAACAAAUUCAGAGUGGAAAGAAAUGCCAUGUAUGUAAACAAUGUGGGAAAACCUACGCAAGUUCCAGUUCCCUUCAAAUACAUGAAAGAAUUCACACUGGAGAGAAACCCUACCUCUGUAACCAUUGUGGGAAAGCCUUUGGUCGUUUUAGUUCCCUUCAAAGGCAUGAAAGAAUUCAUACUGGAGAGAAACCUUAUGUGUGUGAGCAAUGUGGGAAAGCCUUCACUGAUCAUAGUUCCCUUCGAUAUCAUGAAUGGUUUCACCGUGGAGAGAAGCCCUAUGUAUGUAACCAGUGUGGCAAAGCUUUUAUUUGUUCUGGUACCUUUCGACGACACGAAAGGAUUCACACUGGAGAGAAGCCGUAUAUGUGUAUGCAGUGUCAGAAAGUUUUUGUUUCUUACAAUGCCCUUCAAAGCCAUAAGAAAAUUCAUACUGGAGAGAAACCAUGUGUAUGUAAGCAAUGUGGGAAAGCCUUCACUCAUUCUAGUUCCCUCCGAUACCAUGAAAUAGUUCACAGUGGUGAAAAACCCUAUGUAUGUAAGCAGUGUGGGAAAACCUAUACUCAUUGCAGUUCCCUUCGAUACCAUGAAAUGGUUCAUGGUGGAGAAAAACCAUAUGUAUGUAAGCAAUGUGGGAAAGCCUUUAGUUCUUCCUCAUACAUUCAGUUACAUGAACGGACUCACGCUGGAGAGACACCGUAUGUACAAAAACACUGUGGAAAUGUCUUCUUACCUGUGACUCAGUUUCAAAGACAUGAAGGGACUUACAGUGGAGAAAAACCAUAUGAGUGUAAACAGUGUGGGAAAGCCUUCCUUUGGGAAAGUAAUUUUCGAAGACAUAAAAAAAUUCAUAGUGGAGAAAAACCAUAUAAAUGUAAGCAAUGUGGGAAAGCCUUUCUUUGGGAAAGUAGUUUUCGACAACAUAAAGAAGUUCACAGUGUAGAGAAAUCAUAUGAGUGUAAGCAAUGUGGAAAAGCUUUCCAUUGGGAAAGAAGUUUUCGAAGACAUAAAAAGUUGCACAAUGGAGAGAAACCAUAUGAGUUAAGUAACGUGGGAAAGCUUUCUGUUGUCCUAAACCAUUAAAAAGGCAGAAAGGAGACUAAACCUAUUUGUAUAAGCAUUAUGGAAAAACCUCUAAAUUGUCCACUUCUCACACUUCAUAUCUUAGACUUGGAAGAAUUCAUAGUAGAGAGUAAUCCUAAAUGUAAACUAUGGGGAGACUUCAUUGUCAGAAGACCUUUCUAGCACUCAUGAAACUAUACAAGACAAGACUUGUAUUAUUGUAAAGUAUA